UACCGGAAGCGACGUCGUCCUGGUGAAGAGCUGCGCAUGCGCACCGCCAGCCGUCCCUGCAGGAGAACAUGGAGGUGUCCGUGAGCGCUCCGAGCUUCAGGUGUUCGAGCUUCGUGUUCCCAGACGGUUCGGUGGUCGGAGACGUUCUGACCCGGUUUGUCCAGCAGCAGGCUUCCUUUCAGGAUUUCUAUGUGGUCAGAAACGGCCGACGGUCAGACCUGCAGGAUCCUCUGCAGCAUGGUGCCGUCUAUCACCUGGAGCCCCGCCUCUGUGGAGGGAAAGGAGGGUUCGGCUCCAUGCUGCGAGCUCUGGGCGCUCAGAUCGAGAAGACGACGAACCGCGAGGCCUGCAGAGAUCUGAGCGGUCGGCGGCUGCGAGACGUCAACCACGAGAAAGAGAUGGCGGAGUGGCUGAAGAAGCAGGCUGAGCGGGAGGCGGACAAGGAGCAGCGGCGUCUGGAGCGUCUGCAGAGGAAACUGGCCGAGCCCAAACACCAGUUCACUGAUCCAGAGUACCAGCGGCAAUGUCACGACCUGUCGGAGAGACUCGAGGACUCGGUGCUCAAAGGCCUGCAGGUGUCCUCUAGCAGUCAGGUGAAGGCGGCCGACGUCUCGGCAGCCAAGAGACCAAACUUGGACCAGAGCGAGCAGCCAGCCAGGAAAAAGAAGAAGAAGGAGACGGCAGCAGCAGCAGCAGCUUGUUUCUGGGCCGGUGUGGGUGACCUGGAGGAGCUGCUCAGCUCAGAGGACGAAGACGAUGAGGACGAGUCGCCAUCCACGUCCUCAUCCAGCUGUGCAGCUGCUGCUGUUGCCAUGACAACGCACAGGCAGGAGACGGAGCCUGAGCGCAGCGGCAGCUCGUCUCCAGAGUCAGCGAGCUGCUCGUCUUCAGCUGCUCAAAUGACCAGAACCUCAGAGGACCGGAGUCCACCUGGACCCAGCACGGACCGGAGUCCACCUGGACCCAGCACGGACCGGAGUCCACCUGGACCCAGCACGGACCGGAGUCCACCUGGACCCAGCACGGACCGGAGUCCACCUGGACCCAGCACGGACCGGAGUCCACCUGGACCCAGCACGGACCAGAGUCCACCUGGACCCAGCAGACCAUCAGAGUCCAGCUGUGUGUCUCAGCAGCUGGAUCUAUCCUCGGUGUCGUCCGUCCAGCAGCUGGAGUCUCUGGGUCUGGACGUCCUGAAGGAGGAACUGAUGUCUCGGGGGUUAAAGUGUGGGGGAACGUUGUCGGAGCGCGCCUCCCGGCUGUUCUCUGUCAGAGGACUGAGUCCAGAUCAGAUUGACCCGGCGCUGCUCGCCAAACCCUCCAAGAGCAGGAGGAAGUGAAGCGGGUCAGAGGCUUAAAGGAGCAGUGCAGCUUUUCUCUUCGCUAAUCUCAACAUCCACUUACUGCCUUUUCCCACCGAGGAGGACAGAGCGCUCUGGAACAGUCCGAGGAGACGCGUUCUCCUUCAGGUCCGACAGGAAGCCUCCUGGUGCUGUCCUGCUCAGAGCUUUCUGUCGUCCUCGGUGGACUUCGCUGAGUUCAGGGAGUUGAUCUGGAGUUUAAAACUGCAGCGACUGAAUGAUCGUCGUUUUUUAAGGAACAAUAUUUGCUGGACUUUAGUUUGUUUUCCAUGAUGUGAGAUCUUCAGUGUAUGUUUUACAGACGAAUGGAUGGUUGCAGGAGUUCAUUCUAACAGACGUCAACAUCUUUUCAAACUGUUUAUUGGUAGAUUUGUCCAGUCAGAGAGCAGGAUGUUCAGAACAUUCACUUUAUUACAUUUAGCCAUGUUAACGUGUGUCCUGUUGGCAAAGUUGAAUUCUUCUAUUAAAACCUCUGAAACAAAA